AUGGCCAUUGAUCUGAUCAACUUUUCAAAAAUGGACGAUCGGAUUACGAUCAAGGAAGCAGCCAUCGCCAGCCUCCAGAGCAUGGAAGCGCUCGUCCUCAUCCUUAGCCAUCAAUCUUCGUCAUCUUCUUUAUUUGACUGCUUGGCCAUCACCGACAACACCGUCUCCAAGUUCAAGAAGUUCAUCAACGCCCUCGAUCAAACGGGCCACGCCCGGUUCAGGCGCGACCCGGUCCAGCCUCCUAAUGAAUCCUCGUCUCCGUUGUGCUCUUUGGUGACUGUAGUUUAGCCAGCUCCGAUUCCUUCUCCAACAGUGAGUUUCCUGCCUCGAGGGCUCACCCUUGACUUCACCAACCCGAACCCGCCACCCGCCGGUAAGAUCACUGGGAAAGGACCGUUUACUUAUGAUUCUUUCAGCAUCUCACUACCGAUCUCCGGUAACUCCUCGUUUCUAUCAUUGAUCACUGUGGAUGGAAGUGUUUCCAACGAGAAAGGAUCGUCUCUGUUCCACCAGCGAGGUAAUGAAGGAUAUUGGGCUUAG